GCCAAGGUCUCCGUUCCGCACCGCCUUUGGUGGGAGAGGCUCUCGGUCGGAUCGUAACCGACGGGCGGUCGCGUUCUUGGGUGGGUCGGGAUGACGCCGUCGGCGAUCGUGGUCGGCAUGCCGAGGUGCGCGCCGCCGGCGGUGGCGUUCGUCGCGGGUGUGGGGGAGAUGAGGGGGAGGGGACGGAGGUUCUGUAGGCCUGUGGCGGCGGCGGGCUGCGGGGGCGGGGAUGACGAGCAGCGGCACGUGCCACCGCCGCCCCCGUCGAUGGCCGCGAUGCCGGCGUCGCUGCGGGCGAUCCAGGCGAAGAGGAAGCUGGAGGCUGUGCGGCGCGGGGUGGUGCCGCGGGCGGCCGGAAUGGCGGCGCUGGUCGCGGCGGUGGAGGCCGUGCAGGGCGCGGCGGCCGGGGGCGCCGCCGAGGCCGCGCGCGGCGCCGGGGAUGCCAUGGCGUGGGUCAUCCGCAAGGUGCACCUCGAGUCGCCGGACCUCGCUGUCGGCCUGCUCUGCCUCGUCGCGUCCUGCAUCGGCACGGUCGUCGAGGUGGCCAAGGAGGUCGAGGCGUCUGCAGCGGCGUCCGCGGCGGCCAGCAAGGCUGCACCCGACGACGGCGGCGACGCGGACCAGAUCGAGGUCGACGCCGACGCCGAAAUGCCGGAGCUGGUGGAGCUGGACAUGGAGACGGAGCUCUGGUCCAGGGUCGGCAUCAUGCACAGCGACGAGGACACGCCGGAGUUCGUCGACGAAGACGGCCUGCAGGAGAUCAUUGACAUCGCGCGCGUCCACCGGCGGAAGGCGGCGUACGAGAGGAUCAUCGCCACCGCCGCCGACGUGAACUCGCUCCUCCUCUCCAACUACGCGCAGCUCCUGUACCAGUUCGACAAGGACCUCGACAGGGCGGAGGACUACUUCAAGCAGGCCGUGGCCGCCGAGCCGGUGGACGGCGAGGCGAUGAGGAGGUAUGCACUGUUCAUGUGGCACGCCCGCGGCGACCUCGUCGGCGCGGAGGACAUGUUCACCAGAGCCAUCGACGAGGAGCCGCAGAGCAGCCAGCACCGCAGCAGCUACGCCUGGUUCCUCUGGAUGACCGGCGGCGUCGAGACCUGCCUCAUCGACUCCGGCAACGACACCGAGUGAAAAGAAACCAGCAACGCCGUGUCCGAUCCCCAGCCAAGAAAGAAAGAAGAAGACAACACCACCUUCACCACCGGCAGGUGCCCGGCGACGGGCCGGCCAUGUAGACGACGGUGCAGCUAGCACUAGGCAUCGCCAUGGCCUACCUUCCAUGGCCUAUAUAUAGUAGUCGAAUAGCAUCAUCGACCCGCCCUUGUAGGGGCCAUCAUACUAGAUGAAGAAGAACUCAAUGUGCAUGCAUGGCCAUGGCAGAAGCUCGAAGAGAGCCAGGAGCCAACCCAGGAGGCAAUAAGAGUUGGCAGGAAGGCAAGCAGGCAAGAAAGCAAGCACAAAUAUUUGGUAAUGUAGAGUGUUGCUAUAGUGAAUGGAAUAAAUCAUGCAUAAACCAUCAGUGAUGUCAUUACUGAACUGUGAGCAAUCUCAUGUAUGGAAGAUGCAUAAUGUUAUUCCCCUUUGCACAAA